GAAAGGCCAGUUGCCUCAUGUAAAAGCACAUUGGGACUACCGUAUCAACAGAUACAGCCUUAAUAACAGCCAGCAAUGUGGACAGGAGAUACAUUUUCAAUGUUUAAUGUCUGGCCUCCCUUAGGAAUAUAUGUGUGCUAUUUUGACGCAAUAACUACCCGUGGUGGCUAUUUUAUGCUGACCCAAUUAAUAGAAUAACAGAGUUGGAAGGGACCUUGUAGGUCAUCUAGUCCAACCCCUACCCCCAAAGCAGGAGACCAUACACCAUUUGUUUCUCAAAACGAUUUUGAUACCAGAGGCUAAAUACAGCUUUAUAGCGCACGGUGGGCUUUCUUGGUCCCUUAUUAACACCAUUUUUCUUUCCACAAGUUUUGAAACUCCAGGGCUGGUACAUGAUUUUUCAGUAAAAUCCGUGAGAAGAGUUAAAAAGACACGGGGCGCCGAGGGAGAUCGGCAUCCUCUCCUCGUAAUUUCGCUUUCCAACAGACAGUGAAGUUAGACCAGCAAUUGCUGAGAGUCCCGAGGAGCGCUUCCACGAGAUUUGUAGAGGAAGACGACGACGACCUGCCAAAGCUGUCCUCGGCCCGACAUAGAGCACCCGCCAUCUUAAAUUACCCGAAUGCUCUACCCGAUCUCGAGCGUGGUAUUUUGGGUAGCUUAAGAUGGCGGGCGAGAGGGCCGUUAAAAAUGGUGGCGAACCCCACCCCUCACCCCCACCCCAGUAGCCUCAGAAGCCUUAGGGCGAAGGAGAGGGAAAGCAGGGAGCCAGCGGGCGGCGUUUGUUUCCUGCAGAGCCUGGGAAGGAAUACAACACUUAUGACCUCAUCCAUCUAAAGCCGCCCCGGGAAAUGGCUCCGAACUCCUGGUUUGGAACUGCCGUGAAAGUCCGGGAGUUCUCAACCCCGUCCGAGCGUUCUUGAACCUCACACCAGCCUCGUCGACGGGCAGAUGAUCCUCUCCAACGACUACUUAGGAUGUAGGGAAAUGUCCGAGGCUCGAAAGCUCCUUGAAUUCGCUCAACGAGGACCCUCGCGGGGCUUCCUUUUGCGCGCUGUUCAAAACUGCGGAGGCAAAAAUAAAGUUCCCAGGAACCUCAGGCUGAUGCCCAUCUCAGCUCGUCCACGCCUGCAAUGGGAUGAUACUCUGAAUCCCUUGAGGAUUAGUGUGGGCAGUCUUCCAGUGCUGGCGUCCAUGACCAAAACAGCUGACCCCCGUUUCCGCCUGCGUUGGAAGGCCAUUGUGGUGACCACUCUGGCCCUUGUCCUGGUGUUGCUUCUCCUUUGUUUCCAGCGUUCAUCCCCUGCGAACAGGCCAGUCCUCUCAAUGCUUCAUAACUGGAGGCUUAAUGUUCUAUCCAGUGAGAGGUAUAAUGACACUUACCCACUGUCACCACCUCAGCGAAUCCCAGAAGGUGUGCGGUACCGUAUUGGACUCAUUGCUGAUCUUGACAACUCCAAGGGUCCCAGUGAGCACACCUGGUUCAGCUACUUGAAGAAGGGUUAUCUCACAUUGUCAGCCAGUGGGGACAUGGUCUCUGUUGAGUGGGAUACAAAGGACCAUAUAUUGGAAUCUCACCUAGCGGAAAAAGGACGUGGCAUGGAGCUUUCUGAAUUGGUAGUCUUUAAUGGUAAACUCUAUGCCGUGGAUGAUCGAACGGGUGUGGUCUACCAGAUUGAUGACACCAGGGUAGUACCUUGGGUGAUAUUAUCUGAUGGAGAUGGCACAAUUGACAAAGGAUUUAAGGCAGAAUGGUUGGCAGUGAAGGAUGAGCACCUCUAUGUGGGAGGCUUGGGCAAGGAUUGGACCACAACUACAGGAGAGGUGCUCAAUCAAAAUCCAGAAUGGGUGAAAGUCAUCGGUUACAAAGGUGACGUGGCUCAUGAGAACUGGGUCAUCAAACAUGCACUCCGGACUGCAGCUGGGAUCAAAUCUCCAGGUUACUUGAUCCAUGAGUCUGCCUCUUGGAGUGAGAGACUGCAGCGUUGGUUCUUUCUACCACGCCGUGCCAGCCAUGGACGCUACAAUGAGCAAGAGGAUGAGCAUCGUGGCACCAACUUGCUUCUUAGUUCCACACCAGACUUCACUGAUAUCUCUGUAAGCCGUAUUGGUGAUGUCAUUCCCACCCAUGGCUUCUCCUCCUUCAAGUUUGUCCCUGACACUGAUGAUCAGAUAAUUGUGGCAUUAAAAUCUGAAGAGAAUGCUGGACAUGUGGCAACCUAUAUUACUGCCUUCACACUGGAUGGACGUUGCCUGUUACCUGAAACUCGCAUUGGUUCCGUCAAAUAUGAGGGCAUUGAGUUUAUCUAAUUAAAAGAUUUUAUCUAAUUAAAAGAAGUCAUGCUUUUAAGGAGGUCAGAUGAACUGCUGAGAGGGGACAGAAGUUCUAUUCCUGUUUAUUACUCUAACUCUGCUUUUGCUGCAGAGCAUUAUGGGACAUUGAAGUGCUUCUCUUGGCAUAAUUUUCACCUCUGUAAAAACUACUUGGCAAUUGUAGCUUGUUUCUGUGUUGCCCUCUAGUGGUACAAAGCCCAUACAACCUCCCCCCCCCAUUUUAUUACAUUCUAGGAUUUAGCCCUCUCUCCUUAAUCGGGCUAUUAAUUUGGCAGAGCAAACCUAAUGAAUUGCCUUAUUCCUCCCUCCUCCCUCCUGUCUAUUCACAUGUGCCUUUGCUGAAAUGAGAAAGUCUUCAAAACCAGUUAUUCAGCAAAGAUAUUAGUCAAACAUUUGGAAGGUUUCCCUUGUCUCUGGCUAUCCCUGCAAGUCAUUUUAAUCUUGUCUGCACAGGUACCUCUUUUUGUUAGGGGAAUUAUAGGUGGGACUUUGGCCUCUAAUCAAGAAACUUUUGUGAUAACAGCAGAAAAGAAGCUGAUGCCAUAACCUGGAACUUUCUGGAACAAAAGGCUCAUACUCUGUUUUGAGAGGUUCUGUUCUGCCUUUGUCUCUACAGGCAGAGUUUCCUUUAGGUAAUCUUAUAUUGAGAAAUUGAGGUUCUAAAGUUAUUCCAGCUGCAGAAUUUUAAGUAUUCAUCGUUCCUAUUUUAUGUGUAAUAAAAUGGGCAAGUGAGCUUACUUUGCUUCCAUGUCUCUCUCAUUGUUGGACAUUUUCUAGAAAUUUUAUUUCAAUCCUAGCACUGUGUCUUAUUUUUCAAAUAAAUUAUCAACAGCUUUAAUAUUUUGAAAGUUACCUGAACUUACCUAUGCUUUAUCUAUACUUACCUAUACUUUUAAACCCGUUUUUACCUUUUACCUAUUACCUGAAAUGAAACAAAAAUGUGGUGACCAUCAUAAUGUGCCAGCUUUUAAAAAUAUAUGUUUAAGAAACACAAAUAUUAAGGACCACUUUUGUAGGGAGAUGAGCUACAGAACUCCAAAGAAAUGUAAUGAUUUUUUGGAUAUGCCAAAAUGUAUACAGUUGAAGGCUGUGCCAUAAAUGUUUGUGAAUAUAAAGGAAUGUGCUUUAUACCAAACCAUCGUGCUCAUUGUGCUCAAUAUUCCCUAUUCUAACUGGUAAUUCCUUUAAAGACUGACGCUAAGCUAAUUUGCAUGCAAAAUAUGCACCCUUACCAUUGAACCGCAGAAAAAUGCUCUUUCACCGAGCAUCAUAUAAAAUUGAAUGCAGUUCUAAUGGGGGAUUUACGUAGAUGUUCCCCAAACGCUUCCACCCAAUACUUUUGGUUUUGUAUCUUAGAGCAUAAACCAUAAAGUGAUGUAUAUGUAAGAAGGGUGGGAUAGAAAUAAUGAUGUAUUUUGAAUAUUGUAUGAAAAUUCAGAAAGGCUGAUCACUAGAUGGCGCUACUGUGCUUAUUUGUGACAUAGCCAUGACACACUGUAAAGAGCUAUUGUCAGCUUCCCUUGGAAGGAUCAGAACACACUGGGGGCGUGGCUAGCAUUUACAUCAAAUGUGUUAAGUCCAAUCAGUAUUUGUGUGGGUUGGCAUUUGCUGUUAGAUAUAUUUAAAAUUUAGAUCAUAAAUGUAAGAGUCCAAAACAUAAAAAAAUAAUAAAUGAGUUUGGACACCAAAGCCAAAUUUUGAUAACUGCCUCCCAUUUUGUACUGAGAAUAUUGCCUAUAAAGUUGAUUGGUUUUUGUAAUCUGCUAAUAAGAGUUAAAUUGGUUAAAAUGAUUACUUAAUAACAAUGUAAGGAUUUCUUUCCCCUGGAGGCCGCCCAGGUAUAAUAUUUAAAUAAGAGCUCAUUAGCAUCACUUUAGUUCUUUGUGUGCUAUGUCUUUGUUAUUAAAAGGUUGAUAAUAAGCAAAAAUAAUGAUUUGAAUUUUAGAUAGUAGGAACUGUCUUUGAGCAAAAUGCCAGAAUUCUGGAAAAAAAGCGAAUAGAUUCCUGAUUACUAAGAGAA